GUGCGCGAGACGCCGAGCGCAGACAACAUUUUGCUGUAGGUCUCAUUGUCGAGAUCACUGGACAUACAGUGAACUACUUCGGGUGCGAGAGGGAGGGUGUUGGAAUGAUGCAGGUGUUCAGGCCGACGCUAUGUCGACAAUGCGCAAGCAGCAUCCUAAAGCCUCGAUCUGCUUUCGCACCAGACCUCAGGCGACACCUCUCCAGCGCCGCUCGUAGUGGCAUUAGGAGUCGCAACACUCUGGCACCACCAAGGACAACGGUAUCUAGACUACAGUUAUCGCUCGUGCUACGCCGCUACCAGAGCGCCUUCGAGCCGCUGAAACCACCCACGCCCGAAUCUCUAGGCAAGCCAUCUCAGGCCAGGACAUACCGCCGUACACGCCGACUUCUGCGCCGCCUACUCCAGCUCUCUGUCGCAGUCGGUCUGAUCUACGCAAUCGAUCAAUACUUCUACGAUGCCUGCCUUACCCGCUCCCUCCGCACCUUUACCGCGGCCUCCGUCACCGCGUUGGACUACAAGCUCAACUUCCGAGCUGAUCCGUGGAUAGGCGAUAGCGUUGCUGACGUCCACGCUCGAGCGGCGCAGAGAGUAUUUGAUCUGUUGAGGAGCAAUGGCGGGCUGUACCUUAAGAUCGGUCAGGCGAUUGCGAUGCAGAGUGCCAUUCUGCCGCCGGAGUUUCAAGCGAUGUUCGCGCGUAUGUUCGACGAUGCGCCUCAGGAUCAAUGGAAAGACGUAGAGACGGUGGUGAGGGAAGACUUUGGGCGGAGUGUGGAAGAGGUGUUCGGCGUAAGCUUCAGCGGAGACCCGACGAAAGGAGUUAUGGAGAGGACGCCGAGGGCGAGCGCGAGCGUGGCGCAGGUACAUUGGGCACGACUCGAGGAUGGGAGAGAGGUCGCCAUCAAGAUCCAGAAGCGGGAGAUUGCACGACAGGUUGGGUGGGAUCUCUGGGCCUUUAGAAUGGUGUCCGGCAUCUACACGUGGUACUUCGACUUGCCGCUCUACCACCUUGUGCCCUACAUUUGCGAGCGCCUGCUACUGGAGACGGACUUCACGAAUGAAGCGAAGAACGCCGGCCGGAUGCGCGAGAUGAUCCAAGGCGAGCCGAGACUCAACGAUAGGGUGUACAUACCCAAGGUCUACCACGAGUUGACCACAAGGCGCGUCAUGACUGCCGAGUGGAUUGAGGGCGUCAGGCUGUGGGACAAGCAAGGCAUCACCGGACGAUGGGAAGGUGGCUGGCGGAAAGGCUCGCCGGGCGCUGGCGGUCGUCCUCUGGAUCCCAUCCCGCCUUCCAUUGCCGCCUCGGUCCCAUCCCACGACCCGAACAACGAGAAACUCAAACCCGCUCGCGACGCCUGGCGCGGUCCAGACAAGAAAGGCGGGCUAGGCCUCGCAUAUCGUCCAGUCAUGCAAACAAUGGUCGAUCUUUUCAGCGCGCAAAUGUUUCUCUGGGGUCUUGUUCACUGCGACCCGCAUCCAGGCAACAUCUUCAUCCGCCGCUUACCCUCGGGCAAACCCGAACUCGUCCUGAUCGAUCACGGCCUGUACAUCGAAAUGAAACCGCAAUUCCGGCACGAAUACGCCUUAUUUUGGCGCAGUCUCAUGACCUUUGACAACGCCACCAUCGCCCAGGUGACCGAAGGCUGGGGCAUCAAAGCACCAGAUAUCUUCGCCUCAGCGACAUUGAUGCGACCCUACGAAGGCGGCGACGGUAAAACGCUGACUGAACUCCGGCAGAUGACCGCCAAAGAGCAGAAAGUCAGGCAGUUCGAGAUGCAGCAGAAGAUGCGGAAAGGCAUUCGCGAGAUCCUCGCCAACCAGGACAAAUUCCCACAGGAACUCAUCUUCAUCGGCCGCAACAUGCGGAUCGUGCAGGGCAACAAUCAGUACCUCGGUUCUCCCGUCAAUCGGCUCAAGAUCACGGGGAUGUGGGCGAGUCGGGCGUUGGCGGAGAAUAAGGAAAUGACUCUGCGAGAGCGCUUGCGCGAGUAUGGGAGACAUGUUGUGUUUCGUUUGGUGUUGUUGAGCACAGAUGCGGUGUUCUACUGGGCGAAGAUUCGGCAGGCGUUGGGAAUUGGGAGGGGAAUGGAUGAUGAGUUGGAAGAGGAGAUGAGGAAGAUGGCGCAUGGGAUGGGUGUUGAGUUGCAGCAUGGUGUUUUUGAGGGAUAGAUUUGACGGUCUCUAGGGAUGCGCGGUGUUGGUGAUGCGUGGUUUGACGCUUACUGUAUAGAUUGUUAGAGCCGUUACCUCACACCUCAUGACCAAUACCAAGGCCACUCAGAUCGUGUUAGAGGUUAUCGAAGACGAGAAAGCCUUCCCGGCAAAGAAGCUUCUUUCACUUCUGCCC